ACGUAACAAACCGUUUAAACUGAAACAAACUUUAACUAACUAUUCCCGCGUCAACACACACUCUUUCUUUCAUCUUCUUCCACAAUUCCCAUUCUUGUUUCUUCUUCUUCAAGAAACAACAAUGAAUCCCUUCAAACCAACCCUCUUCAUUCUUUUCACCACCUUCAUUCUCACCGCCGGUAACAUCCAACUAGACUUCCCUUAUUUCACCACCACCAACACCGCCACAAACAUCACCUUCAUCGGUGAUUCAUCUCUCAGAAACCGCUUUGUUUCUUUAACUAAAUCCACCACUUUCAGCACCGGUUCUAUCAUCUAUAACAAACCCAUUUCUCUCUUUGACAUUUUAACAAACACUACAUCUUCAUUCUCAACAACGUUCUCUUUCUCCAUCACAAACCCUAAUAACCCCACUUCAUUUGGUGAUGGCAUUGCUUUCUUCCUCUCCCCCAACAAUCUCUCAUCAUUAUCAUCAUCGUCAUCAGCAAGCACAUUUGGUCUUCCUACAAAUUUUGUUGCUGUUGAAUUUGAUACUCGAUUUGACCGUCGAUUCAAUGACCCGAAUGAGAAUCAUAUAGGUUUCAAUAUUGAUACAUUGAAUUCUAUGAAAAUUGUUGAUCCUAUUUACAAUGGAAUUGAUCUGAAGAGUGGAAAUACUAUCACUUCUUGGAUUGAUUACAAGACUGAUGUGAAUUCUCUUUCUGUUUUCUUGAGCUAUUCUCCGAUUAAGCCGCGUGAUCCGAUUCUUUUUGUAACCGUUGAUCUUUCGGAGUAUUUUAGAGGAAAUGACGGUGUUUACGUUGGUUUUUCUGCUUCUGCUGAAAAAAGUACUGAACUUCAUCAGAUUCAAAGUUGGAGUUUUUACACUGUUGGAUUUGAACCUGCAAGACCUAGGUUGAGGAGUCAUAAUGUUUCGGAUAAUUCUGUUACUGUAAGUACUGGGAAUGAGGUACACGUUAAUGCGUCGCGUCCACGUUCGCGUUCGCAUUCUUUUUCUUCGAAGAAAAGGUUUGGUCUUGGUUUUGCUGUUGCAGGUCCUGUUUUUUUCUGUGUUGUUUUUUCAUUGUUGGGGUAUUAUUCUUUUAUGAAAUGGAAGGGAGUGAGAAAAUGUACGUUGAAGAAUUUCGGAACUGGGUUUGUUGCUUGUCCUAGAGAGUUUAAUUACAGAGAAUUGAAAUCUGCGACACGAGAGUUUCAUCCUAGUAGGAUCGUUGGUCAUGGUUCGUUUGGUACUGUGUAUAAAGCUUUCUUUAUAUCUUCUGGAACAAUUGCUGCAGUGAAAAGAUCAAGGCAUUCUCAUGAAGGAAAAGCCGAGUUUCAUUCUGAAUUGUCUAUCAUUGCUGGUUUAAGGCACAAAAAUUUGGUUCAGUUGUUAGGUUGGUGUGUUGAGAAAGGAGAGUUGCUUCUUGUUUAUGAUUUCAUGCCUAAUGGAAGCUUAGACAAGAUGCUUUACAAGGAACCUGAGAGAGGGAAAUUGUUGAGUUGGUCUCAUAGGGUUAACAUUGUUGUUGGUUUGGCUUCUGUUUUGGUUUAUCUUCAUCAAGAAUGUGAGCAAAGAGUGAUUCAUAGAGAUAUCAAAACUGCGAAUGUUUUGCUCGAUGGGAAUUUCAAUCCUAGGUUGGGUGAUUUUGGAUUGGCUAAACUCAUGGAUCAUGAUAAGAGUCCUAUUUCAACUUUAACUGCUGGAACAAUGGGAUACCUUGCACCUGAAUAUCUUCAAUACGGGAAAGCAACCGAUAAAACCGAUGUUUUCAGCUAUGGAGUGGUUGUCCUUGAAGUGGCUUGUGGGAAGAGACCUAUUGAAAGAGAAGGUACAAAGAUGGUUAAUUUGGUGGAUUGGGUUUGGGGGUUGUAUUCUGAAGGGAAGAUAAUUGAAGCUGUUGAUAAGAGGUUGAAUGGUGAAUUUGAGGAAGAGGAAAUGAAGAAGGUUUUGAUGUUAGGGUUGAGUUGUGCUAAUCCUGAUAGUGCUGAGAGACCUACUAUGAGAAGAGUAUUGCAGAUUCUUAACAAUGAAGCUGUUCCAUUUACUGUUCCAAAAGUGAAGCCAUGCCUUACAUUCUCAUCUGAUUUGCCAUUGACUAUUGAUGAGAUUGUUUCUGAUGUUGAUGAUGGUGAGGGUGAAGAGUUCAAUACUAGCCAAUCUAUGUGUGAGAUUAAAAUUGAAGGAUAAGGUUUUUACCUUAUUCAUUUCAUUCUUUUGUAAAUUUUCUAUUCUGUAGUCUAAGAAAAAUGGUCAUAGUUGAUUGAUUGUAGUUCAGUUCAGUUCAAAUCUACUGAGUUUGAUGUUGUAAGGUUAGGCUAUAUUUGAGAUACACAUGUUAUACUUUUGUUGUACAAAAAUUGACUGUUUUUAUGUUCAUAUUUCUCAAGUUUCAUUCAAGUAACAAUCAGCUUAGUGUU